AGGUGUCAAAUCUAGACGCCCAUAACGUCUCUUACUCUAUUUUCACUCGUUUCCUCUUCUUCCUAUACUUGUGUGUAUAUAUAUAUACAUUUUUUUUUUAAUACAACUUGUGAGGUUUUUUUUAAUAUUUUUUCCUUUUCCAAUCUUUUCCUAGUAACCAAUCAGCUACUGCUGCUUUCAUGUAUAGAUAUUGAUUUUUCUUUUUUGUGUGUGAAAAAUCAUGGAUGUGAUGAAUAUCAGUAAUAGAAAUGUUGUGGAUUUGUCUUCCUUCUUCGUAUUCGAAGUCACCGGCGAUUCUGAGUCUUGUUCUAACUUCGAUUCCGCCGUCACCGAAGAAAGCUCGGUUGCUCUCGAUGAAGACGAUGCUGAAUCGUGCAGUUGGGAUUUGUCGACCGAUGAUGAUCGAUUAUAUGCGUCGAUUGGUUCUGAUUCGCUUGAUCAUAAUAUAGGCGAAGAAUUUGUAAUCGAUUAUAUGGAAGAAGAUGAUUAUGAAGAUGAAGAUGAAGCGACGUCGGACCCAGCUUUCCGAAAAUGGAGUGAUAGUACUGGAGAAAUAAAUAUUGGGCAUCAAGAAUAUCCCAUUUGCCAAAAUACAAGAAUCUGCCCUUUUGAUAUAUAUCUCUCACUCUCUUUUUCUUGAUAUGAGAGUCUUUGAUUCGAAGAAUAUCUGGUCGGAAGUUUGCUGCUUUCACUUUUUCAGUAGUGGCCGAGUUUACCUAGCACUGGGAACUCGACCAGGGAUCUCAACCUCGAACUCAACAGGAAGACCAAGAAAGCCAUUGAAGCGAUCAAAGGUGACAUGAGUUAUGUGACGGACAUUGGUGGGGCAUCCAAUCUCCAUAUGAUGAACGCUGGAGAUGGCAUCUUCACCUCUCUCGACACGGCAAGCCACCAUGGAUUUCUUCAGAGCUGCCAAGAGAAACGUAACCAGUGGGAGCUGGUUUUGGUCUUCGUCAGAGCUUUUCACUGUUCCCUUAUUACUUGCCCCUUUUCCACCUCCAAUAUUAGCUCCGCCACCACCACCGCACCCACCUCCCCUGGUCACCACAACAAGACCUGUCAUAUCUCUAUUAUCUAUAAUUUAUGGGAGAGUUUUUCUCUCUAGAAAGAGAGUAUAGUAUGGGAAGUGAAGAAAGAAAGAAAGAAAAAAACAGUGGUUGAAGUGAAGCUUGAUUUGAAUGGUUUUUCACUUCUAUAGUUGCAUUCGAAGAAAUAUAACUUUCUCUCUCUCUCCGGUUUUUGAACUUCCAA